AUGAAACUCUUUUCAAGAAACAAGAAAAACGCUGUGGAGCAAACGGCCGAGGAACCCACUCAGGUGACAAAGCCUGCAAAGGAGCCCAAGCCCGCGAAGGAGCCCAAGGAGAAGAAGAAGAAAGACAAGAAGGAGAAGAAAGGCUUCUUCCUUCCCUACGAGAGCAAGGACAAGUACGAUUCCAAGCGCGGCUUCUUCCGACGAAGCUCUCGAAAAAUCACGAGUCCUACCGAGGAAAGGAAGAAGGGCUUCAAGCUCCCCUUUGAAAAGUCGGAGAGAAUUGACGAAGUGGCAGAGCGUCCCGAGACUCCCGUCGAGACUCCCAAGCCCGAGGACAAGCCCGAAGAAACCACAGCACCCACGGCGCCUGUCGAGGAGGAAACUCCGAAAGAUGAGGCUGCCGAACCUGCUUCACCCAGCAAGCAACAGACCGAACCCGCAGUAGUCCCAGAGACUGUCAACUCGGAACAAGACGACGAGGAUGACGACGAAGAGGAGGAACCACAACCGAGUCCUAUCGCCAAGCCCACCACACCCGUGGCAGAAGAACGAAGCCCACGAAACGAGGAUGACGACGAUGACAAGGAGGAGGAAGAUGGACCUGCCGAACCCGAGGGCCGAAAUGAAGAAGCUGAGGGUGAAGCCCCCGAAAAGAACCCUCAACAUGCAAACUCUCGCGAAGGAAGCGAGCGAACUGAUAGCAAGAUGUCCAUUGAAGAACCAGUGGAGGAAACCACCGGAUUGCUGUGUGGAUGCAUCUAA